ACAUUCCGCUGUUUGAAACACACGCGCGAUUCGGUAGUAGUUUGCUAAAAUCUUGAAUUAAACCAAUUCCACCUGUGAAAAAUGGGCAAAAAGGAUAAAAACAAGAAGAAGGGCAAGGGUGCCGAGAAAACAACGAUGAAAACCGACAAAAAGUUGGUGGCCAAACAGAAAAAGUUGAUUGCCAAAUUGGGCGAGGACGACAUUGAAUCCAUCGUUGCAAAAUACGACACCAAGGAGACCAAGUCAUCGGACCUCACGGAGAAUUUGUGUGCCCCGCCAACGGCUCGGGUAAACUUCUCCGUUUGUUCCCACCCGGACAAGGAGGAGCUGUUCUACUUUGGCGGUGAAUUCUUCAACGGCCAGAAGACCGAGAUUUACGGUGACUUUUUCAACUUUAACGUUGCGAAAAAUGAAUGGAAAUCGCUCAAAUCGUCCAUUUGCCCUGCUCCGCGGAGUGGCCACCAGAUGGUUUCGGUCAGCACCGAUGGUGGCCAGAUUUGGCUGUUUGGAGGGGAGUUUGCGUCGCCUUCGCAGUUGCAGUUUUAUCACUACAAAGACCUGUGGGUCUACCGAAUCGCAAAGAAGCAGUGGGAGAAGAUCACCGCCGCGAACGGACCUAGCGCCCGGAGUGGCCACCGUAUGGUCGUAACGAAGAAGAAACUGUUUGUGUUUGGUGGAUUCCACGAUAAUAACACCUCGUAUCGGUACUUUAACGAUCUUUACGCGUUCUCGCUGGAAAACUACACCUGGACAAAGAUUGAACCAACUGGGACGGCUCCUUCGCCCAGGUCGGGCUGCUGCAUGAUCGCUACUACCGAUGGCAAAUUGAUUGUGUGGGGUGGCUAUUCCAAGUCCGCGGUCAAGAAGGAAAUCGAUCGCGGUGUUACGCACGCGGACAUGUUCACGCUCACGCAGUCGGACAAGCAAGAUCCGAAGGUUUACAAGUGGACUUUGGUCAAACCUGGCGGCAAAAAGCCACCACCGCGGAGCGGCAUGAGCGCCGUCAUUGCGCCUAAUGGAAAGGUCUACGCAUUCGGGGGCGUCAUGGACACCGAUGAGGAUGAGGAAGACGUUCGGGGACUGUUUAGUAACGAGAUUCAUACGCUCGAUCCGGCGACGCACACUUGGCGAAAGCCCGAGCUGGGUGCGAAGCUAAAGAACAAGUCUUCAUCCAAGAAGGACGACGUUGAGAUGGAGGCGACUGCCCCGGAACCUCAGAAGACCAUCGUUUCCGAUGAUGGAAUCUUUACCGUGUCAGUUGGUGGGCCGUCCAAGAACGCUGGCACGAAAAGUGACGCCGAAGCGGUUGAUGUGGGCGGACCUUCUCCGAGGAUGAACGCAGGUAUUGUGUUCUGCAAGGGCAAUCUUUACAUCUACGGUGGACUGUACGAGAGUGGCAGUCGGCAGUACACGUUGAGCGAUUUUUACUCAUUGGAUGUAAGCAAACUCGAUCAAUGGAAAACGAUCAUUGCCAACUCCAUCACGGGAAGUGAGUGGCUUGGUUCGGACAGCGAAAGUGGAUCCGACAGCGAUGGGUCGGAUGAGGACGAUGAUGACGACGACGAUGAAUCCGAUGAGGAUGAUGAUGAUGACGAUGAUAGCUCGGAAAUGGAUACGGAUUGAAAUUGAUAUAAAGUGAUCAUUGUGUCAGGUCACGACGUAUAUUAGAUUGUAUUAAAACCGUAAAUAUGAUUAAAUGUUUAAUGCUUCA